AUGGUAUUUCCCUCAUAUUUGUUCCGCCUAAGUCAGGCAAUUGGACUGUGCAAUUAUAAAUAUGUGCCGGAAAGGGGACGCUUCAAGUGGGACAAAGGACCCAUGAGGAUAUACUGCAUUGUACUGCACAUAAUCUACGUACUUUUGACGCCGUGUGCCUUUAGCAUGAUGCUCCAGGACUACUAUGAUUGCCAGAAACUGGAGAUGUUGGCUAUAGCCUACAGCAUCGUCUCAACAGCCAAAGUCGCCUCCGUUGUGAUGCUGAUCUCAAGUAUCUGGUUGAUCGGUCGUAAAUGGCUGCGCAUGGUAAACGGUUUCAAGAUGUUCCAACACAUAUAUCGGAGAGAGCUUUCGGGUCGUGUUAACUUGUGGCAACACGUGUUCAAAAUUCCGCUAACCAUUUCUCGAUUUGCGAUACUAUUCAUUCAGCUUUUUGGACCUGCCAGCAUAUUCAUGUGCGAAAAGUUCGACGGGAUGAGAGCACAAUUCGCACCGUUGUAUGUCAUUUUAUCGUUGGGAAUUGCUCUCAUGGAAGUUCUACUGACCUCUGUGGACUAUUGGCUAUAUUACUUGAUGCACCUCAGCAAUCGAGUGCUCGGGUUUAUGUCUGAGGAGACGCAGGAAAUACGACAGGACUUGAACUGGUUGCCCCAGCGAGGCGGCAGUCAUCGAAAUGUUUUUCAGCAGCAGCUCCUUGCUGCCUGGCAUAAACUUUGGAGUCGCUGCUUGCGACUGGAUAGAUUAAUCAAUGAGAUGCUGAAAAUCAGCCAGUGGCAGAUACUUCUGAACUUCCUGUUUAUCAUAUUUGGAGUAAAUCGUUCACAGUGGACAAAUCUUUUGACGUGCAUGGAAAAGCUCUGGUUCACUCUUAGUGACCUUAACUUCGAUCCAACUAGAGAUACUUACGGCAUUGCAUUGCAACGUCAGAUGUCAUUUGCUAUCAUGGCCAUCAAUAGGAGGCAGCAUCGACGACAGGAUCGAGUGCGACUCCUUCAAAUUGCUGGUCUAUUUGAUAUGAACCCAAGAUCCGGAUACAAAAUGAGCACCAACAUUGCAAUGAAUGUGGUUAUCCUUUGGCAGAUUGCUUACAAAUACUAUUAUUGA